UUUAAUACAACAGGUGACACAAGAUAGCACACACUGUACACACAGGUGUAAACAGGUAUCUGUACAGUAAUGUUGUACUGUACAUGAGUUCUAUAUUAUACAUGUGUUCUGUAUACCUGUUCUGUGUCUUUCUGAACCCCCCACCCCCUAGGGGGCCACAGGGGUCGCGUGCCGUUUUGGAGCUGUCCCACCCAGUUCCCCGUGUUCGUGCAGCACCCGUACCGCCUGCCCCAGUGCCUGUGCGCCAGUUCCAGGGAGGCCCAGAUGCUGUGGGCCAGCGUCCUCCGUGGGGCGCUGCAGAGGCACAGCACGGUUCUCCAGGGGAGCAACGCUCUGGAGGCCAAGGCCGUCCUGGAAGCCGUGCUCCUCUACGGGCAACAGCGCGGUACCUUCCACUGCGGGGCCGUCGCCAUGGGCACCAAGGAGGAGAUUUUGGCCAGCAUUAUCAUGGAGGAAGUUCUCCCGUACCUUCAAGACCAGCUCUUCCCCAGGAAGAUCAUGCCUCAGAGUUGGAGAAGAGUUGCCUGGAUGAAGUUCCUGGCAGCCGCAUACGACCGAGUGUUCGCUCAGGUCGGGACGGAGAUGACAGCUCUGAUGGAGACGUGGGCUCAGGAGCGCCCCCUGCUGGAAAAGCAGGUCCGCGCCGAUCUGCACGAGAUCACGGCCCUGCAGGACAGCAUCUCUCGGAAAAUGACAGGUGGGUGAGGCGGGGGAGGAGUUGAGGAAGCGUUGAGGAGCGUGAAGCUGCAUUCUCAGCUGCUGCUCGCAGACACGCUGUGGCUCCGUUGCUCACUCUCUUCCCUAAAUGUCAGUUUGUGUCAACGAACCGAGGGCUAAAAUGUGGCUCCAGGUUCCGGCCCGUGUCCAGGAGCCCAAGAAUUGCCGCUUCUACCCCGUACUGUACUGUCCCUGUGAACGGAGAGGUUCUGUCUGCGGUUUCA